UUCACGUCGUGUUCGACUGCUGGUUUACUAGCGUACUCGACAUACCCUUGGACAUACACCUCUGCUCGUACAGAUGAUCGCGUUGUUGUUUCAUUCUCUUCCCUUCCCGGUGGUUCUAUUCAGAACUAUAACUUUGGCCACACUAUCUCGCAUGAAGUCGGACACUGGGCCGGUCUUUACCAUACAUUCGAAGGAGGAUGCUUGGGAUCAGUCGACUAUGCUUCUGAUACUCAUGCGGAGGCGUCUCCUGCAUAUGGAUGUCCAUCAGGGCUUCCGUUGGUAUAUAAUUACAUGGACCAUUCAUAUGAAAGCUGUGUGGAAGAAUUUACUGGGGGCCAGGCGGUGGCAAAAACUGAGGAUAUGAUGAAUAAUAGACAGAGAAGGCCACUUCUAAGCUCACAGCAUCGUUGUAUCCUCAGAUAAUGUAUCAGCUCGUGCUUAUCAUAUCUUGACAUGUUUGAUUGUGUUUACGGGCAGCACAGAAAUACACAGACAAAAAGCUGAGGAUCAAUUUAGUGUCACUAGUUACAGGGAAAACGAACAUAAGCCUAUACAAGCA